AUGAAGACGAGACCGGCGGGGAUCGGCAAUGUCAAUGCCGACUGGAUGGGUUCGCUUCCCUCCAAGCUCAGUGCCAUGCCCCUCAAACACCUCGCCGUGCCAGGGUCUCAUGAUUCUUUCACCUACUGGGUGGAUGUGCAUGCUCCCGUGGGACCUGAUCAGAAGGUUUAUGUUAAGUACCUGGCCACCAUGUUCAGUGUCUUAGCCAAGAAGGUCAUGGUGAAGUGGUCCAUGACACAGAAUCUGACUUUUAUGGAGCAGCUGGAUGCAGGAAUUCGCUACUUUGAUCUCAGGGUGUCCUCCAAACCAGGGGAGACUGGAAAUGAGAUCUACUUUAUUCAUGGCCUUUUUGGACACAAGGUGAGGGACGGCUUGUUAGAAAUCAACUCCUUCCUAAACAAACACAGGAAAGAGGUGGUGUUUCUGGACUUCAACCAUUACUAUGCAAUGGAGGCAGAGCACCAUGUGUACCUCCUCAGCAUGCUGCAGGAAGUGUUUGGCGGCAAGCUGUGCAGCAACUGUUCUGUGGAGAACAUCACUCUGGACUACCUCUGGGAGAAGAAAUACCAGGUCAUCGUGUUCUAUCAUCAUCCUUCAGGACAGGCAAUCCCUGUCAUGUGGCCUGGCAACAAGAUCCCCGCUCCCUGGGCGAACACCACUGAGCCCAACAAGCUCAUACAGUUCUUGGAAACUACACUGAAGGAAAGAGCCAAGCAGGGAUCCUUCCAUGUGUCCCAGGCCAUCCUCACACCCAGGGUCAACACUGUGGCCAAAGGCUUGGUCUGGGGGCUACGCAACUACCUGGUAGAGAGAAACCUGCCAACCAUCAUGUCCUGGGUUGCAGCUCAGAGACCAGGCGUGGACGGAGUCAACAUCAUCACCUCUGACUUUGUGGAGCUCACUGACUUUGCCAACAUUGUCAUCAAGCUGAACAACCUGCUGCUGUCCGAAAAGGACCGCAACCCAAGAUGA